GUGCCCACUUCAAAGAUGGCGGCGGCAGCGUCAACCGCCCCGCAUAACGGGAAGGAGCCAGUCCGGGCGGAAGUGAGUUUGGGCGGAAGUGGGUCUGUCCCGAAUUGGGUCCCCCGCGGGCGGAUGCGCAGGGCCUGGCGGCGCGGCGCGAUGGAGGCCGGCGGCCACGGGCAGGAGGCCGAGGCGGGCGGCCAUGGCGGCCACAAGAAGAAGCACAAGAAGCACAAGAAAAAGCACAAGAAACGGCACCACCACGAGGCGGGGCCGCCCCCAGGGCCCGAACCCCCUCGGCAGCCCCGGCUGCGGCUCCGGAUUAAGCUGGGAGGGCAGAUCCUGGGCACCAAGAGUGUCCCCACGUUCACGGUGGUCCCUGAAGGGCCACACUCGCCGUCCCCGCUGCUGGCAGGGGACGAGGAGGAGCCCAGCGUCCCCAUCGAGCAGUACCGGGCAUGGCUGGAUGAGGACAGCAACCUGGCCCCCUCACCACUGCCUGAGCUGGACCCUGAGAGCUGCUUCCCUGCCCGUGAGGAGGGCGAGGAAGAGGAGGAGGAAGAGGAGGAGGAAGAGGAGGAGGAGGAGCGGCGCUGGCUGGCGGCCCUCGAGAGGGGGGAGCUGGAUGACAACGGUGACAUCAAGAGGGAGGUGGACGAGUCCCUCCUGACAGCCCGACAGCGCGCGCUGCUGCACAAGCAGCAGAGCCAGCCCCUGCUACAGCUGCCCAUGGGCGCCAAGGCCAAGGAGGUGACGGAGGAGAUGCGGGAGAAGCGCGAGGAGCGGGCGCGGCGGCGGCGGCUGCAGGCGGCCCGCAAGGCCGAGGAGAGCAAGAACCAGACCAUCGAGCGCCUGACGCGCACGCACAAGGCCAAGGUGAGGGCCCUGCGCGAGCGCCGCGCCCGCCCCGCACCCUGCCCCGUCGUUCACUACCGCAGCGCCGCCGACGGCAUCACCGUGUCCUUCCCCGGGGGGUUCCCGCUGCCGCUGCCCGCCGCCACCGCGCCGCCCGUGCCGCCCGCCCAGCCCUGCGCCGUGCCCGGCUGCACCAACACCAAGCGCUACAGCUGUGCCCGCACCGGGCGGCCCCUCUGCAGCCUGGGCUGCUACCGGCGCAACCUGGAGCUGCUGCAGAGCGCGGGGUGAGCGCGCUGAGUGGGCUACGGGCCCUCUGAGGGGGCUACGGGACUUCACCGGGGGGCUACGAACACUCACCGGGGGGCUUUGGAUCCUCACCGGGGGGCUACAGGCCCUCUGAGGGGGCUACGGAUCCUCGGUGGACGGCUAUGGAUCCUCUCCAGGGAGCCACGGAUCCUCUGCUGGGGCUGCAGAUGCUCCCCAGGGGGCUGUGGACCCUCUGAGGGGAGCUCCAGGCGCUCUGCAAGGGCUACAGACCCUCUGAGGGGACUUAUGGACCCUCACCGGGGCGCUACAGAUCCUCUGCAGGGGCUACAGCCUCUCUGUGGAGGCUACAGAUCCUCAAUGGGGGGCUACAGAUCCUCUCCAGGGGGCUAUAGACCCUUUGUGGGGGUUAUGGGCCUUCCCCAGGGGCCUUUGGAUUCUCUGUGUGGGCUACGGAUGCCUUGCCGUGGAUACAAAGGGCCAGAUCACCCGGCCAUAUGGAGUUCCUGGAUUGUCCACAUGGACACGGAGGGCUGGAAGAGGAACCUGUGGGUCUCCACUGUGGGGAGCUCCAGACCUUCCACGUGGAGCCAGAACAAGGAGCUUCAAAGUCUCUGCUAUGGAUACAGAGGCACCAGCCACGCCACCUGGAGAGCUGCAGUUCCACCGUGGACACAGAGUGUUGGGGACCCUGGCAGGGAUGGAGGGUGGUCCUGGUGUGGCGGAGCUGAUUAAAGGCUGUUGUUGAAGGA